AUGACCAUUUUACAAGUCGAAAACCUGAGCUUAACUCUACCAAACGGUUCGCACCUCUUCUCCAACGUUCACUUCUCCCUUGAGCUAGACAAGCGAAAUCCGAGGAUUCUAGCCGUUCGUGGUCCCAGUGGUUCUGGAAAGACGACAUUGUUGAAAUGUCUCGCCCAACUCAUACCGUACAAUUCCGGCAAGAUCACCUUAGAUGGAAGAACACCAGAGCAGUACGGCAUAACAGAGUGGAGAUCGCGGGUUAUGUACGUCCCCCAACGACCACCGAUCCUACCUGGAACACCUGCCAAAUUUCUAGAAACGGUGAAUACAUUUUCGGCUCAAAAGAAGCGGCAAUCUAAAUGUGUUGAUUCGAUUGAAUUGGCUGCUGGCUGGAAUUUGGCACCAGAGACAUGGGAUAAAGAAUGGAAUCAGCUUUCGGGAGGUGAAAUGCAACGAAUCGCAAUUGCCUGUGCCAUAUCGUGCGAACCAGACAUUUUGUUAUUGGAUGAGCCGACCAGUGCACUCGACCCUGAAACAUGCGAACUUGUCGAACAGUCCUUGAAGAGCUACACUUGCAUUUGGAUCACUCACAACCCAGAACAAGAACAUCGGAUGGCCACGUGUACCCUGACGUUGGAUGCAGAAGAUGGUGCAGAGGUGAGCGGUCCAUGUAAGUAG